CCACGGUUGGGUUUACCAACAGCAACAACACCAUGUGGUGGCAGUAUCUCCUGGAAAAAGGGAAUUAGUUCCCAACAUUGGAGAGGAGUACAUUCAUCGACAUAGCUUUGCCUUCACUUGUAUGCGAUUGAAUAUCGUCUAGAUCUAUCACAAUGCCUCUAAAACACCAAGGAACUAAUACUCAUCGGUUCAUACCGUUCAAUACCCGUUUGGAGAACAUUGAAGUCGAUGUUAUCCAUCGCAUUGGACAUCGGUAUGAAGAACAAAAUGAGGAAGAAAUCGAAUCAUAUUUUGCUGCUGCCGUGGAGAAGUGGAAUGAUUUGAAUUGCUCUCAAGGAUGGAUUGAAUUUCGUUCAGAGGUGAAAGAUGUACAUACAUUGGCCCAAGUGUUAUUACUUAAAGAGAAGCUGGCAGCAACACUUGUUGAGCACCUGAAGAAAAAAGAUCCAUUGACAGUACAGACAUUGCUUGAGAUUGUUGUUGCCUUGGCCCGUGAUCUUCGGCAAGAUUUCUAUCCAUUUUAUCCAGAUAUUCUAUCUACUAUUAUAUCUUACCUUGACUGUAAAGAAACUGAAAUUCUAGAAUGGUCAUUCCACUGCUUAGCAUAUCUUUUCAAAUUUUUAUGGCGUUGCAUGGUUCGCAACAUUGGACCAGUCCUUUCUAGUUUACUCCCAAUGUUGUCUUCCAAACGCAAAAAGUAUAUUAAUCAUUUUGCUGCAGACAGUUUUGCAUUUUUGGCUCGCAAAGUGAAAGACCAUGCAGCAUUCAUUUCCCUGUUACUGAACCAUCUGCAGGAUGAGCCAAUGGAUGCUGAAGGUUGUGGACGCCUUGUGUUUGCCUGGCUGAGAGGUGUCAAAAAUCAACUCCAUAGUUGUGCUCAGAAUGUCCUCCUUUUAAUGGUGCAGUCAUUGGGUAAUGAGUCUCUUCCUAGUGAUGUUUUGCUGAGUUUGACUUCAGAAACAAUAUCUCAUCUUGUUGUUGAGAUCCGUCCUGGUGGAUUGGCUGUUUUGUGGGAUGCCAUGAAAACAUCAUUGAAGCAUUUCCACGCAGACUUUGUCUCUGGCAAAACCAAGUCUUGUGAUCCAACGCUUGGAGCUCUGAAACUUCUUCACCAGUUAUGUGCUUAUUGUGAUGCGCUGCAUAUAUCAAAGCCCGUUGAGGUGGUAGACCUGCUGUUGCACAUUUAUGGCAGUGCAGUGCCAUUACCUGAAGAAAUCCUUUCAGAAUUGUCAUCAAUCACAGCAAUAUUGUUGAUGUCACCUAAAAUAAGUUUGCCUCAAGAUCGAACAGUAAAAUUGAGUUCCAAGGUUCUAGCUAUGUCUCCUCCUAUAAUCAUCCUUGCUUUUGUGAAAAAAAUAUUGAGUUGGAGUGCAAUGGACACUUUAAUAUUGCCUCGGCUUUUGGAAAUAGUAGCCACAGGUUUGAUUUCUGAUAAUGAUGAGGGUCUUGGGCUCCAAAUUCUUGCUGAACUUGUUCAGUCUAAAGUGCCAUCCAUGUGCAAUGGCCGGGAUGAGCAUAAUGUGCUUCAACUAAACCUUGACUUUGCAGCAGCAACCCAAAGGAUUGGUUGUGAUUCUGAUAUCAUAUGCUUGAAGCUCCUUUCAAUUUUAGACAUAAAUGAAAAGUUGGAUGUCGUGAAUUUUUGCAAGACUUUUAAUGAACGAAUCUAUGCUCUUCGUGUUUUGCCACAUAUUAAGCCUUUAAAAGAAACAGAAUCAGCCAAUAUUCUGCUGAAGCAGGUUCAUUUCUUGUGCAAAGAAAUUAAGGACCUAUCAUCUAUUUCAGACUCAACAAAUGAUGUUGAAACAGAUAGUAAUUCAGUGGAUCUUGAGAAAAGAAUGUCCCUGCUUCUUUUAAUGUUGUUCGCAUCCCUGGAAGCUGUCAUCCAUAUGCAGGGGGAAAAAAAAGAAUUGAAUUGUUUUCUUGAGAUGAAAUUAUUAUUAGAGACGCUGCUUCCUUUAUCAGGAACAAGCCAUUGCCGUCUGAGUACCAUGCGUAUUCUGAAUUUGUAUUUAUCUUCUAUUGACUUUCAAAAUAUCAAGCAUAUUAAAAAAGUGUCUAUGUCUAUUUAUGAAAGUAUCAAGAAUAAUUUAGCAGCUUCUCACCAUCUGGUCCGAGAAAUGGCUUGUCGAGUUAUUUGUCAUCUCCCUUUUGCACCAGAAAUUCAAUCAAUGUUCCGAAUUUGUCUUGAGGCUGAGAUGAUUGCUGGUACAGUGACAGACUACAGGGAUAAAAUCCUACUUCUUGAAAAAUUAUCUUUUGAUAUGACUCGACCAAUUUUUGUCAAAAAUGCUAACUUUAGCACGGCCCCACUUCUCUUUAUCUUGGGUUCACUUUAUGUGAAUUUCCAGUUGUUAUGGGAACCCCUUCAAGCUCUUGUGUCAUCUUUUGCCUCUGGCAUGACGACAGAUGAUUUCUGGACCGUUUUCCAUGGUCAGCUAAUUUUAGCUACUCAUCAGCGAGACUUUUCUCCUCUCCAUGGAACUGCUCCUGAACUCAAGUUUCAAUGUAAUUUAAUAGAUGAUUACUACUUGGCUGUAAAUAGUGUGGAUGAUCAACCGGAUUAUGCUAACUAUAGGCUAUUGUUGUAUAAAGCUGGUCAUAGUUUUCCAGAGGUUUGUGAGAAAAAGAAUCGUGACGUUUCAGCUCUUUUUCUCACAUUUAUAGAACAGGAGUUCUAUUCAUCAAAUGCAGAAAUUGCUAAAUCAUGGGACAUAAAGAAGCAUGAUGCUGCAUCUGCUGCUUUCAACUUCGAUGGGGAUGACGAUGAUGAUGAAAAAGAUGACCAUGAGGAUGACAAUGAUGAUGAUGAUGACGACGAUGACGACCAAGAAAAUGAGGAUGAUGAUAGAAACGAACAAAAGAAAUUUGGUGUUGAAAAUGAAGAUGGAGGUAAUGAAGAUAUGAGCAUGGAUGUUAAUGAAGAUGAAGAGACCAGGCCCAAGAAGCUCAAAGCAUCAAAAUCCCAAGAAACUGAAGAUAAGCUAUCUGCACAACUUCGUACAAAGAUACUUUUAGCAAACCUUCAGCUGUUUUCAAAGUUUCACAAUCCUCGUACAAUAUUUAGAGAACCUGAGCUAAAUCAAGUCUACCAUGAUUUACUAUCACACAAGCACCCUGAUGUUCAGAAAGCUGCUCUUGAGUGCAUUCUCACAUACAAGCAUAAAUAUUUGGUUCCAUAUACAGUUCAUUUGUUUGCACUCAUUGAUCAAAAGUCGUUCAAGAAUGAAAUUACUCAAUUCAAAAUAGACAAGGAUUCAGGUGUUAUCCAGGAAGAACAUAGAACUCAACUGAUUCCAAUUGUUAUGAGAUUAGUGUAUAGCAAAAUGACAGCUAAGGCUGGAAUGCGGACUGGUGGGAAGGCUGGACCAGGUGUGCGCCGUGCCCUUGUCCUGCGCUUCCUUGCAGGUUGCCACGAAGAUGAAAUGUUGAUCUUUAUGAAGAUGGCUUUCAAAUUCUUUGAUCAGUAUUUACAAGAUGAUCUUGGUGUCAUGGUGAAUUCAAUUCAAACUAGCAUAGACCUGGAGAAAGUUGUGCCUCCUCGACGGUUACAAAGUGCUGUCAAUUUGCUGUCUGUUGUGCUGGAGAAAUUCGGCGGUUUGAUGGGAAAUCGUUUGUUGUCUCUGACUCUGCAACUCUUAACAUGUGUUGCUGCAACAGUGGGUGGAUUUUUUAAAGAAAGGGACAACAUACACUCUGGAUAUCUUAAAGCAAUCCGGGAACUUCGCACAUCAUGUAUAGAAGUUCUCACUCAAUUUUUUGACCGAUUUGAAGCUUAUCCUUGGACCACAGCUGAGAUUGAUACUGUUCUGCAAGUGUUUAUUAUGCCUAUUGUCAAUAAUCUACCAGUGGAAGGAAUACACAGCCCAACUGCCUUAAUGAAACUGUUUCUGGUUUGGAGUCAACACCCAAGAUAUUUUAUUCUUUUUGGAAGCUAUGACCCUGAUUCAUCAGAAAGCAAUCCACUGUCAGCAUUAAUGAAAUUACUGCUUGGCUCUAAAACCAAUCAUUCAGUUAGUAAUGUCAUUAUGGAAAUCUUAGAGAACUUGUAUACGUUGAAAGACCAUGGCAAACUAGAUGAAAAUGACAUGGAGGUUGAUGAGACUUAUUUGGAAGAGCGUGCUCCACCUAUUCCCCUCUCUCAUGUUCUUACUUUAAAUGAAAUUAAAAUGAAAUCGUUAAGCUUGUCUGAAGAAGUAAAUCUUGGAAGUAAACUUUUGUUCCCUCAUAUAAGUUCUAUUUUAGAGCGGUUUAGAAUUCGACUGGCUUCACUCGGGAAACGUGGGUCUGGCCUCAACAAGCGGGAGUUACAUGUCCUUUCAUGUGUGUCAGAGUUUGUAAGGACUCCAGAGUAUAGCGCCACUUUGACUGAACUUCUUGUGCCUAUACUGACAAGGCGUAUCACUGCACCCAAUGAAGAAGAGGAGACCAUGUUGAGGAUGAUGAGUACACUCAAUCAUUUGAUGAGGAAUAUCAAAGAUCCAUCAGUUUACACAAGACCCAUAGCUUCAUUAUUCAGCUGCAUUAAUGGUGUACCUGGCCGUAAAAUGCUGCUUUCUCUUGUAAACACCAUAGCAGAAACUAGGGCUUCUUUAGAUAAAAAUGCAAAAGAGGAGAUGACACAAAUGGCCACAAUUUCAUCCAACCUAAAUGCAUUUGAUAAGCGUUGGGUUGAACAACCAGACUUCGACACUCGUCUCGAAGCAUUUAAAACAGUGCAAACUUUAUUGGACUCGGGUAAACUGUCGGUGGAUUUAGGAGUUAUUGUUGUUCAUCACUGCUUUUAUGUUAUCCGUGAGGAAAAAGAUAUGUCCUUGAGAGAUUUUGCUUCUCAUUGCCUACGUCGGGUUGCACCCACACUAUGUAACCAGCACAGUGAUGAUGCAGAGACAUGUAAAUUCCUUCUGGAUACCACCUUAUUGACUCUUAUAAGCAAUAACAUUAGGCGGAAUAGCAAUGAAAAUGCUCAUUCAGAGGCUGUUCUUCUUCUAGGGGAAUUGGCUAGAGAAUGUGGACACUUGCAUCCUGUUCUCAGGGAUCUAAAUCUUUUGACUAAUAAAGUGGACAUGGAAGUUGACUUCUUUGAAAACUUGCAGCAUUUACAGUUUCACAGGAAAACCAGAGCUCUCCUUAAAGUCUGUGAAGUGUUUGGAAAAGUUGAGAAGACACCUUCUUCUCGAUCACUGACCCAGUUUAUUUUACCCCUGGCCACUCAGUUUCUCUGUGUUGAAAAACAUGCUGGAAAAAACAGUUUAAUUGAUGCUAGCAUCCAAGUAAUGGGAAUUGUUGCACGCUUGCUGCCAUGGCACAAUUAUGAAACCUUAUUGAGAUACUAUCUAGGGAAACUAAGAGCAAGCUCAGUGUAUCAAAAGCAGUUGGUUCGGAUAGUUAUGAACAUUCUUGAUUCUUUCCACUUUGACCUCUCUAAGGCUCAAUUUGCCAAUAAAGUAAAAGCAAACAGCAAUGACAAUAAAUUAAACGUCGAGGAAGAAAAAGCAAUUGAUAUGGGAGCCAAAAUUAAUGAUGGUGAAGGUGAAGAAAAACCCAUUGAAGAUUUGGUGGAAGCUCUAGAACCUGACAAAGAAAAUGAAUUAGAAAUUGAAUCAAAAGGUUCUGAAGAGGAUGAAGAUGCUAUGGAUGUGGAUGAAGUUGAACCACAGACAGCAGUUCCUGCUGUCGAGCGCCAGCUUGUUCUUUGUCCCUCAGCAGCACUUCGUGUUACUGUAACUAUUAGAGUCGGGCUUUUACCUCUGCUGCGCAAUGAACUUACUGCCCGCUCACUGGCUGAUAGUUAUCACAAAGUGAACAAAAAGCAGCUAAGAAAUACUCAUGACGAUCAUGAUGCUGAAGAAGAGGAGAUUCUUAGAGUGCCAAUGGCAUUUGCUGUGGUGAAACUUCUGCAGAGGCUGCCCAAGGAUAUGCUUGACAAAAACUUACCAGGUGUUUUUGCAAAGUUGUGCACGUUUCUAAAGGCUCGUUUGGAGUCUGUCAGGCGUGUUACCAGAGAAACAUUGCAAAAAGUGAUGGUGUCUCUUGGCCCCUCUUAUCUGAGUACACUCCUGAAAGAAAUGACAUCACUCCUGACCAGAGGCUAUCAAGUUCAUGUAUUAGUAUUCACAAUUCAUUCUGUUUUGGUUUCCUUAAAGAACGUUUUUGGACCUGGAGAUAUUGAUGAUAGUCUGCCCUACAUAAUUGAGGUUUGCAAACACGAUUUGUUUGGCUAUGCUGCUGAGGAAAAAGAAGAAGGCAAAGUAGCUGUCAAAGUGCGUGAGGCUCAAAGCAACAAAAGUUACAACACUCUUCAGGUUGUUGCUCAAUAUGUUAGUGAAAACCACCUUACAAAUCUCUUGAUCCCAUUCAAACAAAUCAUCCAAACUGCUCAUUCUCACAAGAUAGUCAAUAGAGCCAGUGAAUGUUUACGUCUCAUUGUGACAGGCUUAUCGGAGAAUGCUAUGAUUUCACCCCCAUCACUGCUUGUCUUUGCCGUGGGUGUUGCUAGUGAAAGCAUCCCUGCCCUUGCACUAAAGGAAUGUCAGACUAAAACUGCUAAGGAGAAAGAAAGGGAAGCCCGCCGUCGUCCUGACUGCUUUCUUAUCAAAGAGGCACCAAAGCAACGCUUGGGCAUUACCAGCUCUGACUCUGCAAGGGUGGCAGCAAGAAUGAACGCUCACCUGUUUGUAGAAUUUGGGUUAAGACUGAUUGCUCACCUUUUAAAGCAUGAAAAGCUGAAAGGGUCUGUGGAAGAUCUUCGUCCUCUUGUAGAUCCACUUAUACCACUUCUGAAGGAUUGCUUGUCAUCACAACAUGUUAAACUGAGUACGAUAUCUUUGCAGUGCCUUAGCUGUCUGUUAAGAAUGGAUCUCCCAAGUUUGCAAAGCAACAUAUCAUCCAUAGCAGCAUUAAUGUUUGGUUUGCUACACAAGUUUGCUGCUGCUGGUUUGAGCAAGGGAGACAAUUUCGAUCUCGUUGUUGCUGCUUUCAAAACUGUUGCAGUUCUUGUGAGAGAAGUACAUUAUUAUGUUCUAGAUCAAGAUCAAUUGAAGGCAUUGCUAUUGUAUGCUGAGCAGGAUAUUGCUGACUCUCACAAGCACGCCACUGCAUUUGCCCUCUUAAAAGCUAUUCUCUCAAGAAAAUUAAUUGCCCCUGAGAUUCAUGAUGUUAUGAACAGGGUAGCAACUUUGAGCAUAACUUCAGAUCUUGAUCAUAUAAGAGCUCAAGCAAGAUCAGUCUUCCAUCAGUUCUUAACUGACUAUCCUCUAGGAAAAAAAUUGGAAAAGCACCUUUCCUUCUAUCUAUCCCAAUUAAACUACGAACUACAGCCUGGUCGAGAAUCUGCAUUAGAGAUGGUGAACUCUGUUAUUUGCACUUUCCCUCAGGGUGUUCUCACAGCACAAUCUGGAUUGUUUUUCUUAAUGUUGGGAGCAAGACUUGUCAAUGAUGAUGCUCCAGAUUGCAGAAAAAUGGUUGCACAAUGUAUAAGUAAAAUGCUUGGCAGACUAAGUCAAAAUGAUCGUGAUAGAUUGUUCAACAUUGCCUUUGUGUGGCUCAAAGAUAAAGAGAUGUCACAUCGUAGACUUGGUGCCCAGCUUUGUGGAAUUUUUGUUGUUCUUGAAAAAGAAACCUUUAAACGCCGUUUGAAAGAAGUUCUUCCUGCAGUCACAGCACAGUUCCAAUCAUUCGAGAAUGAGAAGGCAUAUGUACCUGGACAAUUUGUGAGAGCUCCAUCUUCAUUGACCUCAAGUAAUGAGGAUGGAGAGAAUGGAGAAAAGAAACUUGCCUCAGAAUCUGAAAGGCCGAAGGAUCACUACGUGUAUCAGUUACUGCAGUUUGUUCUGAAGAUAUGUAAUUACUGCCCUGUGUGGCUAUCUACCGCUGAGUUUAGUACCCAUGUUUAUAGUCUCACUGAAUAUACCCAAUGCAUGCUCGCUCACCCUCAUGAAUGGGUGAGACUAUCAGCCGCUCAAAUACUUACCCACAUCCUUGGUGCUAUGAAUGUUGAGUCUCUUGCCAAAGCUGUAAGGGAAGAAAGCAUCACAGAUGAGGAAGUUGAAAGUAAUGAAUUGGGAUUCUUCAGCAUAGAUACCACCCAGAAAUUAAAAUCAAUGAUAUUAGAUCACUGUGCUCAGUUAGUGCCUGGAACGGAAGUCGCACAGGAAUUAUUACUGCAGAUUGUAAAAAAUCUUGUGAUAUUUGCUGAUGUUUUGAAAGAUAUUAAUGAGGAGGAUUCAGCUUUAAAAGAGCAACUUGAUGCUGGAGGAAACCAAAAGACAAUUUCACUUCAAUGGCUGGUGAAGCGCAUGAGGAGGGUUGUAAACAUGGAAGUGGUCCAUGCGCCGAAGUCAACUGUUCUGAGGACAAUGGUACUGAACUGGACUGCUGCUGUUGUUGUAAAACUUGGUGCAGAACAUAUAAAGCCAGUUUUACACCAUUUGCUUGCCCCAAUCGUUCGCGAACUUUCAAGCGAUGAGCCUGUUCCGGAUGAAAGUGAAACGGCACAAUUACGUCUUUUGUCCAAACAAGUAGGAAGUUUACUGAAAAAGACUGUUGGCACCGAAAUAUUUAUCCUGGCACAGUCACGUCUUCAAUCUCAAAUUACAACAGUGCGUGCUGAACGCAAGAUGAAGCGCAAACAAGAGGCUAUUGUAGAACCAGAGAAAGCUGCAAAGCGGAGGGUUCAGAAGCAAGCUAGAAAGAAGGUGCAGAAAAAGAACCGUAAUGAGAAGAUACGAGGCAAGAAAGUCAAAAGAAAGAGAGAGGUUUCCCUAGAUUAAUUUUUUCUUUGUAUGUGAUUUAAGAUCUAUGACCAACGUGCCUUUAGGAAUCAAUUCUAAUCACUUACCCAUAUUUUACUGAUUAUAUUAUUAUGGCUGUUAUGUGUAUAACUGCGUGAUGUUAUUUAUGAAUUUACUUGUACAAUCUAGAAAAUAUAUGACCCCAAUGUA